CCACAAGGUGGCAGUACUUCCCCACUUUGUAGAGGGAUUACUGACUGGAGAACAAGGCGAAGAAGAGUGCUUGCGGUGACAGUCGUCAACAUGGCGUUCAGUUUUGGCGGUGCCGCGACUAACACAGGGGCAGGGACGUCCGGGUUUUCAUUUGGUCAGUUUGGUGCCAAAACCACAGCUUCAACAACGUUUGGUUUUAACCCGACAGCGACCACUACCACCGCUUCUUCGGGGUUUGGCACUCUGACGGCUCCUGCUUUUGGCGCAGCCACGACCACAACUGCACCAGCCACAGGAUUUAGUUUUGGUGCCUCCAACACAGGAUUUGGGGGGCUUGGAGCUGGAAGCACCACAGCUGGUGGGUUUAGCUUUGGGGGGUUUGGUUUAAAUGCAAACCCAGCAGCAAUCAGCUUCAGUACAGGUUGCUUCGGUACAGCAACCACAGCUGGCUCUGUUUUCAAUUUUGGUAAUAGCCUGGCUAGCACAGGUGCGUUUGGUGGCUUUGGGACAACUACAACAACUGCUGCCGCACCAGGAUCCACUUUCAACUUUGCCCCCUCCAAUACAACAGGAAGCUUGUUUGGUAACACACAGAACAAAGGGUUUGGAUUCCCAUCUGGACUCGGAACUGGUGCCACUGCUGGAGCGACAGGCUUUGGAACUGGAUUAGGAACAACUGGCCUCGGUUUUGGAGGUUUUAACAUCCAGCCGACACAACAGCAACAAGGAGGCUUGUUUGGCCAGCCGGCCCAGCAGCAGGGUCAAGCUCAGCCAACCCAGCUUUACCAGCAAGUGACCGCUCUGUCAGCCCCCACUCUUCUGGGAGACGAACGCGACUCCAUACUUGCCAAGUGGAACCAGUUGCAGGCUUACUGGGGAACAGGGAAGGGCUACUAUGUUAACAACAACCUACCAGUGGACUUUACUCAGGAGAACCCUUUCUGCAGGUUCAAGGCAGUGGGGUAUAGCUGUGUCCCAGUAAGCAAGGACGAAGAUGGUUUAGUGGUGUUGGUUCUGAAUAAAAAGGAGCCUGAUGUUCGUGCUCAGCAGCAGCAGCUGGUUGAGUCACUGCACAAGGUUCUGGGAAGCAACCAGACUCUGACCGUCAAUGUAGAGGGCGUUAAAGCUCUGCCCAACGAUCAGACAGAGGUGAUCAUUUAUGUGGUGGAGCGUUCCCCCAAUGGCACCUCCAAGAGGAUCCCAGCUUCCACGCUCUUCACCUUCCUGGAGCAGGCCAACAUCAAGGCUCAGCUCACCCAGAUUGGAGUGGUCAUGUCAGUAACACGCACAGAGCUGUCCCCAGCACAGCUGAAACAGCUGCUGCAGAACGCUCCUGCAGGUGUGGAUCCCAUCAUUUGGGAACAAGCUAAGGUGGACAACCCUGACCCAGAGAAGUUAAUCCCCGUACCCAUGGUGGGUUUCAAGGAGCUGCUCCGCAGAUUGCAGAUCCAGGAGCAGAUGACCAAGCAACACCAGACCAGAGUGGAUAUAAUCUCCAAUGACAUCAGUGAGCUGCAGAAGAACCAGGCAACAACUGUAGCCAAGAUCGCUCAAUACAAGAGGAAGCUGAUGGAUCUGUCUCACAGGGUGCUGCAGGUACUAAUAAAGCAGGAGAUUCAGAGAAAAAGCGGCUACGCUAUCCAAGUGGAUGAGGAGCAUCUGAGGGUGCAGCUGGACACCAUUCAGUCAGAACUCAAUGCACCCACACAGUUCAAGGGUCGAUUGAAUGAGCUGAUGUCUCAAAUUCGAAUGCAGAACCACUUUGGAGCCGUGAGAUCAGAAGAGCGCUACAACGUCGAUGCAGAUCUCCUCCGAGAAAUCAAACAACACUUAAAGCAGCAACAAGAAGGCUUAAGUCACCUGAUCAGCGUCAUUAAAGAUGACUUGGAGGACAUCAAACUCAUAGAACAUGGACUAAGCGAUGGCGGCCACAUGAGAGGGGGCAUCCUGAGCUGAGGUCGCCCGUCCACCCUCAACACGUGUUCAGACCCUCUAUCAGUCUGAAAAGGGACACUUCUCACCCAGACCAACCUUCAUCACAGAAGGAUAUUAAAAUCUCAUUUUUUUUGCAGGUGUGAUAAUUGA